AUGGACAAAAGUUGGAUUUCACAUAAGCGUACUACCCCUCUGUUUCGUCAAGGGGUUGAGGAGUUCAUUCGUAUUGUACUUACACGUAAAAAGGAAGGAGAAAAAAUAUGUUGUCCUUGUAAGAGUUGUGGUAACAUGCGUAAGGUGUCUACAGAAGAUGAAUUACGAGCUCAUAUUUUUUGGAAUGGUUUUUCCAAAAAUUAUACUGAUUGGAUAUGGCAUGGUGAAGGGGAAACGGGUACUGAGAAUCAUAGCUACGAAGACCAUGCAGAGGACUUAAAUACUCACCAUGGUAAUGAAAAUGAGGUGCUUGAUGAGGUGUUUGAUGAGAUGUUGCACGAUACGGAGGAUAAUCUCACAGAGGGGCCACCUGAUUACGAAAGUUUGUUGACUGACGCCGAGACACCUUUGUAUCCAGGGUGCAGUAAGUACACUCGAUUAACAGGUGUACUAGAAUUAUUUGAACUGAAAGCGGAAGCCGGGUGGACUGAUUAUCAUUACUCAAAAUUGAUGGUAAAAUUGAAAGAUAUGUUUCCCGAAGGUAACACGCUUCCGAGUUAUACUUAUGCGACUAAGAAGAUGUUGUGUCCGAUGGGUUUGGAUGCUGAGAAAAUACAUGCUUGCCCUAAUGAUUGCGUAUUGUAUCGAAAGGAUUAUAACUAUUUGCAUGAAUGUCCAACUUGUGGGACAUCGCGAUAUAAGGUGAAGAGCAACGGUGAAAACACCAAUGAACCUGCUAAGGUAAUGUGGUACCUACCUGUAGUGCCUAGGCUCAAACGCUUGUUCGCUAAUGCUAAAGAUGCAGAAAAUUUGACAUGGCAUGCAGACGGGCGAAAUAAAGAUGGAAUGCUUCGGCAUGCUGCUGAUUCCCCUCAAUGGAAACAUAUUGGUACUACCUUUCCGAAUUUUAGUCGUGAAACAAGGAAUUUAAGGCUACGCUUAUGUACAGAUGGAAUCAACCCAUUUGGUAACAUGAGUAGUCAGCAUAGCACUUGGCCAGUUCUGUUGGUGAAUUACAAUUUACCACCUUGGUUGUGCAUGAAGCGCAAAUACAUUAUGUUGUCAAAUUUGAUAUCUGGGCCUAAACAACCUGGAAAUGACAUAGAUGUGUACUUGGCACCACUGAUUGAGGAUUUGAAGAAGUUGUGGGAUGAAGGUGAGCGUGUGUAUGAUGAAUAUCGUAAGGAAACAUUUACUUUGCGUGCUAUGAUCUUCUGCACAAUUAAUGACUUUCCUGCGUAUGGGAAUUUAUCUGGCCAUGUUGUCAAGGGAUACAAAGCUUGUCCUAUUUGUGAAGAUGAUACCAAAGCUGUUCAAUUGAAGAGUAGCAAGAAGGUUGUAUACCCAUUUCAACGAGUAUUUCUACCUCGCAAUCACCCUUAUCGUCGGCUUUGCAAGGCUUUUAAUGGAGAACCAGAACAUAGAUCUCCUCCUAAGCCUCUUACUGGGAAACAAGUUUAUGAACGUGUAAAGGACAUCAAUUGUGUUUUCGGCAAACCCUACAAGUCUCUUGGUGACAAGUUAUGUUAUAAAAAGAGGUCUGCGUUUUGGAUCUUGCCAUAUUGGGAACAUCUUAGUGUAAGGCAUUGUAUUGAUGUGAUGCAUGUUGAGAAAAAUGUAUUUGAUAGUUUGAUCGGAACGCUUCUGAACAUGCCAGGGAAGACUAAAGAUGGAGAGAAGGCUAGAAAUGACAUGGUCAAGAUGGGAAUGCGCCUUGAAUUGAAACCUACAAAAAAGGGGAAGCGAUAUUACCUACCUCCAGCUUGUUAUACUUUAUCUAAGAAGGAGAAAAAAGUAUUAUGCGAGUCCUUACAUAAUGUGAAAGUUCCAUCUGGAUAUUCGUCGAACAUUCGAAACCUCGUGUCAUUGAAAGAUUUGAAAUUAGUUGGAUUGAAGUCUCAUGAUUGUCAUACUUUAAUGCAAGAGAUAUUGCCGAUUGCAAUUAGGUCGAUUUUACCCAAACAAGUACGACAAGCUAUAAUAAGACUUUGUUUGUUUUUCAAAGCUAUUUGUUCGCGGGUACUCGAUCCUGGUAAAUUAGACUCUUUGCAAUCACAACUCAUUGUCACAUUGUGUCAACUUGAGAUGUAUUUUCCGCCCUCCUUUUUCGACAUCAUGGUGUAUCUGAUUGUUCAUUUGGUGAGAGAGGUCAAACUUUGUGGGCCGGUGUAUUUAAGGUACAUGUAUCCGUUUGAGCGCAAUAUGGGUGAUUGGAAAGGUUAUGUGAGGAAUCGAUCUCGUCCAGAAGGCAGCAUAGUUGAGGGAUAUCUAACUGAUGAGGUCCUUAGAUAUUGCAUCGAGCAUUUGGAAGAGUUAGAAACACUAGGACUUCCAAAGCCUCGUCACAAUAAGGAGAGAGUACAAGGUAUUGGUACAGUUGGUCGUAAAGUGCUAAACUUAAGUCGUGAAAUAGUUGAUCAAGCUUACCUCUACAUCUUACAACAAGUUGAUGAGGUGCAACCAUAUUUGGCAGACCAUAUGAAUCUGAUUAGGCAAGAAUAUCAUGGCAGAGGUGAAAAAAUUUUGAGAGACGAACACAAUCGAUCUUUCAUCAGAUGGUUCCAAGAGAAAGUGGAUCGUGGUUUGAAACAAACACCAAAUGAUGUUAGUGAAGACAUUAGAUGUGCUGCACCUGCUGCAAGAAUGGGUAUGACUAGAAGAGUGUACCCUCUUGGUUCUUUGAACCCUUACCAAGGGAACUGGACCAUCAAAGUCCGAGUUACCAGCAAGGGGACACUACGAACCUUCUAUAAUGAGAGAGGAGAAGGGAAUGUCUUCAAUGUUGAGCUAACUGAUGAAUAUGGUACUCAAAUACAAGCAACGAUGUUCAAUGCGAUAGAGAAGAAGUUCUUUGACACCUUUGAUGCAGGGAAGGUUUAA